AUGUCAAUAACUUCUAAACCGACGACUGUUGGACCGACAGUUGCUGAAUCAACGACAAUCCAACAAACGACUGUGCAACCAACAACUGUUCAACCAACAACUGUGCAACCAACAACCGUCCAACAAACGACUGUGCAAGCAACAACUAUUCAACCAACAACUAUGCAACCAACAACCGUCCAACCAACAACAAUUAAACCAUCAACUACGUCUAUUCCAACGACCGCUGUAGUAACAGUUGUUUCGACAUGGAAUGGCACUUCAGGACCUCAACUAGCUUCUUUACCUACACAGCCUACUUGUAUCGACCAUGAUCCAAGAUGUUCUCAAUUUCAAAUUAACAUAUGUUCAUCUUCUGUGUCUCAGAAUUUUGUUAUUUCUACAUGCCCGAAGUCAUGCAACAAGUGUGCAGAGUAUCUAGCUGCUACGACGCCAACACCUUCAGCUGCUACGACGCCAACACCUUCAACAUGUAACACGUGUGGAGAUAUAAGGGAUCAGUGUAAUAGCGGUAUUAAACCUCCAUCUUCAACACUUUUAUCAAAAACAACUGGUUAA